AUAUUGAUAUAGCGCCCCCGGCCGAGAUGAAGGGAUUCAUCGGACGGGACGAGCACGGGGGAUGCAAUCUUUUUGAUCCUCUUUCUCUCUGUUGCAGUUGUGUGCGGCGUCGGCGCGGAUGUGGCGUACCAUCGGCACGUCAUGGGGCUUUACGUUACGUGAGGAUAAUUCAACAUGCGUAUACCGGCGGCGUCGGGCGUGAUCUUCUUCCUGGAGGUGACUUGGGCCAUCACGCUGUUCGUGCAGCUCUGCGUCAGGAACGAGGAUUCCCUCUGCUUGCGUUGCUGGUCCAGCGUUCUGGCGGCCACGCGGGGCUGGCGAAAGGCGUUGUUUUACCUACCACUGUCCUGCAUUCUAGCGUGGCGACCCAAUAGACUUUGGCUGUCCUAUGUCGCGGCCGGCCUCUUGGCGGUACUGUCCUUGCUGCAUAUUGCAUCGAGCGCGCUAGGACGACGAGAUCCUUGCCAAUCGGGGGCCGACUCGGUAGGCGAGAGCCUCUUGAACUCAAGGCAGGAGAAUUACGACCGAUUCGAGGAAGUUCUGGUGACGGAAGUUCUCGAUGACGGCGUGUCAGGACCAGGACGCUGUCCCGGGGACAGCGACGGUGAGAUAUGACACGAGCGACGGUCCUCCUGGGCCAGCGAAUCCGACGAGGAUAGCGAGCUUGAACAGAGGACAUGUCAAAUCGCCACGCUCUCUUAGUCCUUAGACGAUGGACCUCUAUUCGAUCUCGUCGCGUAUUAAGAGAGGAGUCAA